GUCGGAAUAGGUAGGUAGGUACGCUCGACAGCUGUUAGUUGGCCAAUUCCGCCUGUGGGCGCUCCGCUUUCUCUGAUUCUCCCCUGUUGGCCGCCUCUUGAACAAGGUGUAUCCGUACAUAGCACGCCGUAAACUUUGUCUCUCCCAAGGUCCUGCCUCGGCCAGCCUCCUCCUCCGGCUGCCGACCCUCCGACCCUCCACCUCCACCCCCUCCGCUGAGCCCUGGCCACCACAGGCUACGACCUCAAGACAUUCAACACCGCCAUCCUUCAUCUCUACAACUCUAAAUUUGCCCGCGCCGUGUAUCCCUUCACUCCGCGAAUCUCCUUGACCGGGCCGUGUCCCAUCCAAACGUCCCCGGACCGACAUCAUGUUUGUCCUACCUCCCCCGCCGCGGUAUCCCUCUAUGGGGGGAUACGGCGUCAGCUCUAUCCAUCCCGUUCCCAUGAUCGAGACAAACAAUACGCUGUCGAACCCCGAGGGCCCGGAAUGGCAGUUCCUCGUCGGCGAGGGAACGUACAUUCUCAAAGAAGACCUGCACCUCGCAACACCCCCGCCCCAUCCCUCUGAGGCAACCAUCGUCAACCCGAACCCGCUUGCGACCAACCCGCAGGCUGCGACCGCCGGCACAACCUGCUCCCUCAUUACCCUCGAUGUACGAGCUACGCCUCCCUUCUUUUACAAGGGCCUGUCGGCUACGACCCUCGCCUUGAGCGGCGCGCCCUCCAGCAUCCAGGAACACCCCAACGAGAGCCGGUACUCGACCGAGGGCGGCAUGAGCAGCGAGGACGGCCGAGCAACCUCCAACAGUGAUGCGCCAGCCACCUCCAUCACCCUGGGCUCUGCGCCUGCAUUUGGCGAGGGCAAUUCUCUGCUCACGCAGUUACAGCCUAAGGACGUGACUAAGAAGAGGAAGCCCAAGAACAAUAUGACUAAGAGCAAUUCAUCCUUCAUCUCUCGAGUUAUCGUCAACGAAGGUCUGUCCCGGAAGUUGACAGAGCGACCCAGCGACGGAAUAUUUGCCUUCGCCAACAUCAACCGCGCCUUCCAGUGGCUUGAUAUGUCCUCCUCCUCCAAGCAAGACUACUUGACCAAGAUCCUGUUCACCAAAGCGCAUUGCCUUUGUCAUGAUGUUAAUGCAGUUACCAAGACCGCGGGGCACAUUGAUGUCAUUAUGGGGUUCUCCACGGGCGAGAUCAUCUGGUGGGAGCCCAUCUCGCAGCGUUACACCCGGUUAAACAAAAAUGGAGUCAUCAACAGCACGCCUGUAUCGUCAAUUCGAUGGAUCCCCGGAUCUGAGAACCUGUUUCUUGCCGCCCACAUGGACGGUUCCCUCGUGGUGUACGACAAGGAGAAGGAGGACGCUCACUUCAACCCAGAGGAUGAGGUAGUCAAUGGAGCUGUAAAUGGAAGUGGAAACCUGAAUGGUAGCGAAGCAGAAGAGAUCGCCGAUGGAACGCCUCAGCCCAAUGGGAUCCGGAUUAACAAGUCGGUCCAUUCCAAGAACCAAAAGACGAACCCGGUGGCGGCGUGGAAGUUGUCAAACCAUCGCAUCAAUGCAUUUGCCUUUUCGCCCGAUAACCGGCACCUGGCCGUGGUGUCCGAAGACGGGACGUUGCGAAUUAUUGAUUACUUGAAAGAAGAGCUAUUGGAUAUGUUCUAUUCAUACUACGGUGGCAUGUCAUGCGUCUGUUGGUCGCCAGACGCCAAAUACGUCUUGACGGGUGGACAGGAUGACCUGAUAUCAAUUUGGUCCGUGGCGGAAUCUGCACUGCUAGCCAGAUGCCAGGGCCACCAGUCGUGGGUCUCCGCUGUGGCCUUUGACCCUUGGCGAUGUGAUGACCGAAACUACCGCAUCGGUAGCGUGGGCGAAGACGGGCGGCUCUGCCUAUGGGAUUUCAGCGUGGGAAUGCUUCAUCGACCAAAAGCGCAAUCUGUACGGCAUCGUGGCUCCAUCUCGUCGCGAUAUACGACCCUGCAGCGGGCCGAGACGGGGAACACGUCCAACUCGCGGCUGCGCUCCGAUUCGAACGUUGAGGCUGAAGACGAGGAACUAGACGUCUCACACCCAGUGGAGCCGCGGUCCAGGAUCCCGAUGCUUCCUCCUGUACUGAACAAAGUGAUUGACACGCACCCGGUGUGCUGGCUCGACUUCACAGAAGAUGCAAUCACGACGAGUUGCAAAUCAGGUCACAUCAGGACAUGGCUCCGACCUGGAUCAGAUCUUGCUGCGAAAGCUGAGACGCCCGCCGCGACAUCAUGAUGACGAUGAUAUGUGGCGGGAUAGACUCAUAUGACGACGUGGAUGAGGGUUGAUGACGAACCAAUGGAGCUGUUGAUAAGCGACACGAGCGUAUAUAUCUGGGCCGGUGGCUAUGUUGUAUUCUCGCGAGGCUUUUUCAUUGGAAGACCGAGGUAGAAUUUUCAGCGUACGUGUGUACAAUAGGUCGCGAAUCCACUUGAAUUAUUAGCAUGACAGAACGGACAGACAAAUGAAAGAGUCGUCAAUGGUUGGCCGCUGCAUGGGAGUUGAAACUCAUAAAGUAAUGCGUGCGGCGAAACCCACAUGGCUUCGGAGGCUCAUCGG